AUGCUGGAUGAGCGCGGGAAGCGGGUGUGGGAGCUGCUCAUCUGCGAGCCGGGCCCCAGGGGCUGGCGCCACGUCCAGGUGUUCCCCAACAACAAGAUCAACAGCGGGGAGCUAGGGCGGGUGCUGCAGGCCCUGCUCACCGCCCCUGGCGCGCGCAAGCCGGAGCGCGCGCGCUUCUUCCGCGGCCAGAUGCAGACCAUCAUCAGCCGCGCUCUGGCGGACCAGGACAUAGUCCCCCUGCCCAGCCGCCGCUGCUACACGCUGUAUGACUGGCUGGCGCAGCGCGCCAAGGAGGUGUACCCCGCCCACCCGCGCUUCUCCCCGCUCAAGGCCGGUACCCGUCUGCGCUCCGACUGGGGACCCGUGGCGGAGCUGCCGCCGGCGCUACGUGGCGAGGCAUGGUCCUUUGUGCAGCUGCCCAUGGACGAGUACGAGGACGUGGACGCGGGGCGCGCCUUUGGCAGCCGCGCGCCGGUGCCGGAGGGCACGGGGCAGGACACGCUCGUCCCCGGCGUGGCGGUGUACAGCCGCCGGGCGGGGCCCCUGGCAGCCUGGACCGCGGGCCUGGAGCUGUGCGGCGUGGUGGCCGACACCGAGCGCGCGGGGCUGGUGCUGCAAGCCGGGGUGAGCCAACAGUGGCGGUACGGGCGGUAUGGCCGGAGCGAGGAGACCAGCGCCGAAGCAGAGGCCUGGCAGGCCGCCAAGGCGGACGCGGGGGGGCUGCACUUCCUGGCGAUCAUGGCGUCGGCGGAUGCAGAGACCUGCAGCGGCCUGUGGAUCCUGUGCGAUCCAGGAGACCCUGCGGCCUGA